UGUUUUAAAAUCUACUUGAUUCAGCCACACAGUUAAUUGGAGCAAGAAGCCAAAGUGGCGCCCCUACACACGUACAGUAACAAUGACGUUGACGAACAACGAGUGUACAACACACUGUUGUGCUAUAGCCUAAAGCUUUUGUUGUUGUUGUAAUAUCCCCAUCUUCUUUCUAGCCUCCAGUUUCUCAUGGCUUGUGGCAAUAAGCUAGUGUCCCCUAAGCUACAGGGUGGUCAGGAGCUGAAUGGGAUGUUAAUUCACAAGGUCUUUAAAACCAAAGCCCUGUAUGUGAGACCAUCAAGGACCCUUUUAAUUGACUCCGAAGAAGAAAAUGACUGUUCUCCCAUUACUACCAAAUCAACAUUAAGCAUGCGUGCAACCGAGGGCAGUGAUGAUGAUUGUGUUGAAGUUGAUGGUCCUCAGAUUCACACAGAUAUGAGCAGUAAUGGCACAACCAGGGCUGUAACCAGGUCUAGAGUAAUGAGGAGUAAUGAGUGUCCCAGUACUAGCAGUCAUGAUGGUGAUGGCAAACCUGGCACUAGUACUGGUCAGGAAGACAGCUAUGGCUGCAAUCACACCAUCAACAGUAGUGGUGAUGAUGGAGGCUGCCUUGCAAGAGGUGAUGGGAACCCUGGCACCAGUGGUGAUGAUGGAGGCUGCCUCGCAAAAGAUGAUGAGGAAUUAAACCAAGCCAUAAUUGCCAGUAUGGAGAGUCAGAUCGCAGAAAAGGUCCCGGCCCAGGAGAUACUGCUGGAACUGUCAAGCAAAAUUAGCACAAAACAGCAGUGCAAAUUUAAUAUAAAUCGUUCUGCUGUCUGGGAUGGAGCCAUGUGGGGCUUCCGAAGGGUAUCCUACGACCCCAACUUGAUGAUCUGUGUAAAAUUCUCAGAUGACAUGGGGAGAAGUGAAGAAGGAGUUGAUUUAGGAGGACCAAGAAGGGAAUUCUUAAGGCUGCUGAUGGAGACUAUUGCCAGGUCACCCAUGUUUGAGGGAAAAGAAAACAGCAAGAACUUGGCUCUUGACAGUACUGCUCUAAGAGAGGACUGGUACUACAUUGCUGGCAAGCCAUUGCAGUGAGCUUGGUACAUGGCGGUCCCCACCAAACUUCCUCUCGCCAACAGUAUUUUGUCUUCUGGUCAAUGGUUCAGCCAUCCCAAACUAGAAGACAUAGCUGACACAGAACUCUUGGAAAAAGCAAAAAGGUUCUGUGAAGGACUGAAAACUCUUGGGGUUCUGGACCAAAUACGACGACAUCCAGACAGCUUUCGACCCCUGUUCUGCUAUGAGCCGAGCACACUGACUGCUGAC